AUGAAAUGGAAGCUUGAAAAGCACAAAGAAAAUAGUCAGAUUUAUAAUUGCUAUUAUAUAAAUCCUCAUCACAAUCAUCCACAGCUAUCAAAAUCAGAAACAGAGAAUUAUCUGAGCUUUUCUUUGUCACCAAAUAUGAAAGAUGAAAUACGCAGAUUUUAUAGAGCAGGUUUCACAGCUACUCAAAUACAUAGGAGUCUAAAUGCCACUUAUCCAAAUACUGAUAUUUCAAUUCUUAAAAUUAAAAACUUUACUGACUAUGAACUAAAGAAUUAUAAAAAAUUAGUUAAUUUUGAUUUUCUUGUGCAAAAUAAUGAUUGAGGAGACAGAAUUCUAAUUACAGAUAAGAUUAAUGAAAGAAUCUUUGUGAGCACUAACACUAAAAAAGCACAGUGAAUCAAUAUAAAGAUAUAUUGAUAA